AUGGACUCAAUAUGGUGUUCCCAGGAAUAUAGCAGUAAUACAGUCCUAUUCCAGGGGAUCCGCUCUCCGGAUGUUCGACUGGGGUUGCGUCUGGAAGCAGCCCCACAUGGUAGUUCUACAAACAGCAGGAAAAGACUUGAUCCUCCAUGCUGUCCACACCAUGAGGUUCCCGAUUAUGAAUGCGAGACGCCUGAGGGGGUCCAUACCGCUUUCCACAAAAUCCUUGUAGAGCUCUAUAAGCCCAGUGCAGGCCAUGUGCUCAGCAUCGCUAACCGACUGUAUGGAGACCAGGACAUUGCUUUUCUGCAGAAAUUCCUUUACUGUGCUCUGAAAUUGUACUGGACUAAGGUGGAUAGAGUCAAGAUUCAUAAUGCACCAGAGGAAGUCCGGCAGCUGAUAAACCUGUGGGCUGAAGUACAUACACAAGGUAAAAUCAAGGAUCUCCUUCCCAAGGGCAGCAUCGAUUGUCUCACUCAGCUGCUGCAGGUGAAUGCUCUAUAUUUCAAAGGACAGUGGGAAGUCAAGUUUAACAAAGAAUUCACACAAGAGGGCCCAUUUUUCUUGAAUGAGAAGGAUUGCACAGCUGUGCAACUGAUGUACCGGAAGGGCCAGUAUAGGACAGGCAAAAUUGAAGGAUGUGAUGUGCAGGUCCUUGAGAUCCCCUACAGAAACCAUGAUCUGAGUUUGUUCAUCCUGUUGCCCAGAAACUGCAAACCCGAAUCUCUUCGAGAGCUGGAAGAUGAACUUGAUGACUUACUGCUUGACUGGUCUUGCAUUCUGAAGCUGAAAGAAGUGGAGGUGCUGAUCCCAAAGUUCAGCAUAGAGAAGUGCCUUGACGCAAAUGCCUAUUUAGAUAUGUCAGCCCUGACUGAUCCUCAAAAAGCCAAUUUCUCUAGGGCAACAACCACAACAGGUGUGGCUCUAUCUCAGCUUGUCCAUCAUACCGUUAUUGAAAUUGAUGAGGAAGGUGGAGAAGAACCAGAAGCUCCCACUUGCCAUCAUGACACGUAUCCAUGUCAGGAACCUAAGCCAUUUGUGGCUAACCAUCCUUUUGUUUACUAUGUCCUGCACAAAGCUACCCAAAGCCUUGUGGCCUUGGGUAAAUUCAUUAAGCCAGAAGAAAGGGUUGAUGUACACUGA